AUGAUUUCUUUACAGGCGGCCCAAACUGCACUAGCCAAGUUCAAGGAUGAAUGUCAGAAAGUUCAAGACCUGAGACUUAGGGAAGCUCAGGAGCAGGAAAGCGCUCGUUUCUCAGGGCUCGAAAGAGACCACAAAAUCUCCAUAGCACGAUAUGAAGAAAAGCUUCAAGAGAUUGAGUCCCGGCAUAAAGACGAACAGAUGGGGCUCCGACACAAAUGCGAGGACGAGAAAGAGCAACUCCGAAACAAAUACAAUGCAGAGCGGACCUCAGCUGAUGCCCAACAUGAAGAAGAGAAAGAGGAAAUCCGCAAGAUGUAUGAAAUGAGGUUUGAGGAGGAAAAGCGUUCUUUGAGGAUAAUGAGGUGGCGAGCCACAAGCCAACUGCUUGACAAGUUCAACCCGCUCAUGAUCAUGGUUAAAGUUACACCACAAACAAAACAACAAGAAACCAAGCACAUGCGUAAGCUCGACGAGUUUACCUACCGCUUUGACUCCAUCACGAUGACGAAUCCCCAGCGACAGAAUCGCCUAACUACCUAUGAAUGCGACCAGGUUUUCUACGCGCGAGAUGAACGUCAAGCCGGGUCCACAAACAAGCUCGUAUUUGACGACAUAUCGCACAUGGUCGACAGCACAAUGAAGGGUCGCAACUUUGUGCUUCUGGCAUAUGGGGCAACGGCAACUGGAAAAUCAUAUACCUUCUUGCAAGGCACACCCGAAGACCCCUCUAUCAUCCGGAGAGCGAUCGAUAUGGUCUAUCAGAACGGGUUCACCACGAGCCUUGUCUGCAUCCAAGACUACAAAGGGGAAGAAAACCCCACAGAGCUGGUUUCCGGCAAAAGGCUUCGUGUACGAAUGGGACCAGAUUAUUGGUGUCCGGAAUAUCAGGACGGAGGCUCACUUCUCGGAAACCCGACGUCGCCGAGAGAAGACACAAUUAAAGCAGUUAAGAGUGCUUUGAAGAGGCGACAAACUGGUCAAACAACUCACAACGACGUGUCUUCGCGAAGCCACGCGCUGUUUGUACUGCAGAUAUACGAUUCAUGCGGAGAUCCCCAAGGAAUUUUAACGAUCGUCGACCUUGCUGGCAAGGAAAAUCUGGGAGUCAACAUAUCGACCACACAACGCCAGGAGUCGGAGUACAUUAAGAGCAGUGUCAACAAUCUCAAGGAAAUCCUUAUAGCCAUCGCAUCGAGCGAGCGUACCUUGGGUUCAGAAUCACUUCCAUUGUCAGCUCGGGGAUGGAUUGGUAAAUUCAUGGCAGAUAUGUCGCACCCCCGACCACGAUCAGUCCGCCAGAGUUCAUCCCCCGCUCAUACCAACCCGCGCUACCGGGCAUUCUCACGCCGCUCUGCUUCAACGCGGCGAUCAGGCGAACAAGGAGGCUAUCUAAGCGAUGAAGACAACGACUCUCUCUAUGAGAGUGCAGAUCUUACCAGCGUCGCAAGUGAGACAGACGACGACACAACCUCUACGGCUUCCGGUAUUGAUAGGAUUGAGGUUGCGGAUCUGGUCAAAGACGGUGCAGCAGAGAUACUCGAUGUGGAGAUGGACAACGUGCUACAUAGGUCGUCUCAGAGGACGCCUUCAGAGGAGAUCAGCAUGCCGUUGAGCCCACCUCUCACGAAGGAGAGACACAUCAAUGUGCGGGUUAGCGAGCUUAGUAACCCAUCACCAGCACGUCGUUCCGCCAGUGUAACUCACAACCCGAACAAGAAUGAGUCAAUCAAUGUUGAUCCGUGGAACAACGUUGACGACACGGUGUGGGAGUGCGAGCCAUACGAUCUCGUCACUGUUGUGAAGAUCCUGCAGCGCUUUCUUAACAACAAUGAAUGUACAGCAAACCUGCAAGCUGUUCACCGUACAUUGCAGGCUCUCGAUCAAGCCCCCCAAUGGACAGAGUCUAUGACAAACAAUCUUCGCACACUGGCUGCUAUUGUCCUUCCAACCCACACCAUCGUCCCGCGCGCAGAAGUUGAUCGUCUUAUUUGCGAGGCGCGCACUGCAGCUCCCAUCGUCCACUGCCCUCCAGACUGUGUCGUUAUCAAGAAGGCUCAGCUACAGGCUUUGGAAGCUGGAAUCGUUUCCGAAAACUACAUGGUCAUUGAGAAGUCGCAAUUUCGCAAUCUUCAAGCCAAGGCCAUACCCGAGAAUCACGUACUACUUACUUGUACUGAACACGAGCGCCUCUUGCAACAAGCUUCUGGGAGCAAGUCUGGCCAAAACAGUGGCGACGGUGACAGCGAAGGUAACACGCAACGCACCAAACCACCACGAGGCGUGAAGAAGUCGGUGUCCAAGACUGUACAGUGGGCCAUACGAUUCGAGAGGCUUACCAUGUCUUCCAUCAAAGCCGCUUGUGCGCCGUCUAUCAUGUCUAUGCUAUCGAAAUCCGCGGCAGAGAACCUAACCGCCAAUAUAGCGCCACUGAUCCCCGCCAAUGGUAAGACACGCGCACGUCGUUCGAUAGACGUGAUGACUAGUCGUCUCCUGUUUAUGCAUCAAAUGGACACCUUCUCAGCCGUACACAUGCUACUCAUGAUCUUCUUCUUCAUCGAGACCUAUUCCGCGGAGAACAGCAAGGAGAAAUUCUUUCGCGAGCAUUCCCAUUUCCUGUCUGAGGACGUUGGUAGCAUGAGGAGCGUGUACGUCAAAUUACCCAAGCUGUUUGAAAAAGGUGUGGAGGAGCGGUGGCAAAGAUUCGUGGAAAGUCACCCUGAGUGCGAGAUUGAGUUCGCGGCAUGGUGUGCGAGGCUAGCUGAAUGGCGCAAGAUGGCCAGUUUCUAUGUAUUCUUUGCAACGAGACUUGGGCUUGGGUCGCUACUUUGGCUUUCGCACGAGUUAAGGCAAGAUGCAAUGUGGGGCUAUAGCUACACGAAGAUGGAGGGAGCAUUCGAGCAUCUGGAGAAGAUCGGGAUCCCGCGGCUUUGUGUAGAUAGCGGGGCGAACCAGCUUGUGAAGGAAAUGAUCGAAUUGUUGCUAGAGGAUUUCUGAUAGUGUCUAGAUACAUGUUCUUUCAGGCUGCUCUCUUUUCACACGUCCUUUUCCCCCGACGGUCUGCUUUCGGCCCAGGAGGUCUGCCAAUGGUCAUGAAGUGUUUUCCACCUUGUUUCAUUUGUCGUCCGCGCUUCCUUUUCAAUAAACUCUCGUAGUUUGCGCCAGUCCUCAGCUUGUCUCUUCAUACCCUCAGGGAGUCUGAGCAGACG